GCUUGAUGUCCAUUGAUUAUGUUAUGGCGCCACACAUCAACGCCUGGAGUUCAUCUUCGCUUUCUCUCUAUAAUUGUGUUGACGACCACUCUUCGUGGCCGCGCUGGUGUAGCACUGUCAGCAAACCAAAGACCAAAUCAUGUCCAACAUGCGUCCUCGUCGAGCAAGAACCACUAGUAGAGUUCUUGUUUUUGGUUCUCGUCCCGAGAUCAAUAUAACCAGGUCGCCGCGGUGGGUCCUCUUAGCAGGCCGCUUCCACGCUGCAGCAGCCCUGCUGUUCUGGUCGACAAUUUCGUUUACCACAACGCCGUCUCGUCCUUUGUGCUCUUCCAGAACCACUUAUGUGGGUCCGAAACCAAGAUGCUACAAUCGUUAGAAUAGGAAAAAAAAUUUUCGAUCUCGCGGCCCAACCUUCGCAGACAACACUCGGCCGGCGACGGAGCCGCGUUUCGGGAAGAGUCUGCACUUGCACCGUGGGCCUGCGCUGACAUAUCGACACGAUGUAGCUCCCACGGAAUCGCGUGCGCGUUUUUCGCAGGCCCUUCUGCUUCGCUCUCGGAUGUGGGCAUCUCGUUUAGUAGUAUGGGGAGAGAAAUUGUGGGUGGGAUUUUUCCUAUGGCCGCGGGCUCGCCAAAAACGCAUGACAAAAUCAGGCGUGUCGUUUUCGAAAAAUUCUAACGAUUCUAACGAUUCUAACGAUUCUAAAAAUAAAAAAAUCACACCGGGCCGCACACGGGGGCGGCUUUUUUUUGAAAUUCGGCGCAAACAGGUUCUAACGGUUCUAGUGAUUCUAAAUUAGAAUCGUUAGAAUCGUUAGAACCUGCUAUAAGCGAAAUCGCAUUGAAAAUUCCCACCUGGCCAACGCGGCCGCUUUCCGGUCGGCUUUUUUGUGAAUUCUAACGAUUCUAAUGGUUCUAACGAUUCUAAUUCCGCCCUGCGACUUUUUUUUUUCCUGUUCUAACGAUUCUAAUUCUGCCGUGGCUCACUCUGGCGCGCGCAAAAGUUGCCUCGAGUCUGUUUCUUUCCGUUUCGUUUUCUGUAGCGUUCGAUCUCGCUUUGUCGAUUUCGUGAUGUGAUUUGGGCAAUCGAUUACAUAGCGGGAAGCGGCGGCCGGUAUGGGGAAUGCCUUCGCGCUCCGACUUUUCUCUGCGUGCAGGACUCCCCGGCGGGCGACAGCCUGCGCUAGCGCUGCAAAGCCAGCCAAGGUUUCUGCCAUGGCGCCGCGACCCUGCGGCGCCAUAUCCGGACGCCCGGCCGGUUCGGCGCGAACCCUUCGGGACGGGGACGAACCUCCGUCGCGGAUUUCCCAUUUUGCUGCCGAGCCUGGGCUGCCCUCUGGGUGAGAUAUUGGGAAGCCCUCCGCACCUGAACAUCUUUUUUUUUAAUUCCUAUUCUAACGAUUUCAGCAUCUUAGUAAACGGCCCCACUUGACACCACAACGCCGUCUCGUCCUUUGUGCUCUUCCAGAACCACAUUUUUGACGCCACCGGAACAGCGCCCUCCACCUGACCGCGCCGUAGUACUAGUCGCCGCCUUCCCCAGCUACCGCAGGCGACUGCCGUUACGCCCCGUGUCCGAAGCAACCGGCGGUUUAAACAACGCCUCCACGGUUUCUAUCGAGGCCCAGCUAUCAGAACUCCACGGGACGAGUGGGUCGUCAACAACAUCCACCGGGUCAACAGCAACAUCUUCCCCAUACUACCGCUGGUGUCCCACGUUGGGGCAUGUGACCUGCAACGGCUACCCCUUGGAAAGCUUACAGGACUUGCAGGGGGUGCAGCAGCUCCUCGGCCGUCGAGGGGACCACGCGGCGCUGUCAGCCGAUAGUACAAACACCGUGUCACAGUCAGGUGGAGCAGCCUCGUCGACAAAUAAAAUUCCGCACCAGUUUCACCUGAAUGUCUUCGGCCACGAUUUUCUGACCGUUGGAAAACUCCGCUGGACCAAAGCGCUUUGCGACCUGGACUCCGACGGCGACGGAUUUUCCAAUGGGUUUGAACUGGGUGACCCCUGUUGUCAGGGACAGGUCCAGGUCGGGGAAAGCGUGCCGCUUUCGCAUCCCGGUAUCGGGAGUGAUCGCCCAAGUUUGGUGUUGCAAACAGCGGUUGCGGAGGUGCAGUGUGGAGUUUUUCCAGCAGGGACGACUGGUGGAAAUGGUAAUCAAACCGAAAAUGGCGUCGCCGCAACAAGAAAUAACAUCACAACCCAAACGGCAACAAUUUUGUUCCAAUCCACGAAAGAGUCGCUGGAUGACGUAAUCUUGAAGCAUGGCGCUGUUCUUCCAAGUGUACUAGCGGGCACCACGGCUGAAGAUGAUGUUAGUAUCACUGCGGUAUCCUGUGCAAAAGUAUCGCACUCGUAUUGCAAUCAUGCAUUACAAAUCCUUUUGUUAAGGUAAAUCCGCAUUAUCUCAUACUGAGGAAAUUUGUAGUGCAUUAGCAUUUACUUAUACGAGUGCGAUGCUUAUGCAGUUCAUAUGCGGCAAGAGACAGGAUCCGGACGAUGUAUCUCAAUUACGGAGUGAAUUUAUAUUUACCCGUGGCGAUGGCAAUAGCUCCUGCAGAAAUAAAUGAUACGUGGAACAACGCGACGGCCGUUGAAGAUGCGGACGAGGACGCAAGUAGAAGUGGUAAUACACCCGCUGGUAAAAACAAUAUCUUCAAGCUCGUCGGUGCAGACACUGCAUUCCAGACUCUGGUCCUGAAGCUGACGAACCAGGCUUUGACCAUACCAGCUGGUGGGGCGGGCGGGUCUGCUUCAUCUCCUGCAAGAACUUUUGGCCUGGUUACGUUGAAGAACGGAACAAAUUCCUCAAACGAGAUUUUUUCCACUGGCGGAGAGCAGGACACACGCCUUAUCAAGAUCCUGCCGAAAGACUACCAGUUUGACUGGAAUUUCGUGCUGUAUCACACCGAGUUUCUCCAGUAUCUGGAAAAGUUACAGCAGCAGGAGCAAGCAGAAGCACGGGCGGAAGCGGAUUCAAAUAAUAGUGAUCAAAAUAAUUCCACCACACUGACGACGAGAAGCAUGGUUACCGGCUUCAACAUUGAAUUUCAAAACCCGGAGAAUUUGCACCACCUGGACAUUUAUGCAGUGCAAAAGAAGUAUCGUACUCUGGUAUAAAUGCAUAUACAAAUUUCCUCAGCAUGAGAAAUCGAAUUUGUAAUGCUGAUCUACCUCAAGAAAAAGAUUUGUGAUGCAUGAAUGCAAUACGAGUGCGAUACUUUUGCCCAGGAUCACACUUUCUGCAACUCCUACCGCCUCCCCCAACCGGAGGUUGAGUAUGCGAAGAAAAAAGUGUUUAGUAAAGUCACACAUCACAUGGAGGUCUAUGCAGAACAAGCAAGACAUAGACAGAUAAAAGGUCUGUCAUGCCUGGUAUGCUUAGCAGCUUAGUUUCUAACGUGUUGUGGUUUUCCUUAAAUAUGAGCUGUUCAUAGCAGGUGCAGGUUUACCGUCGGUCAUGCAGUAGAACAAGUUUGUAUUGCUGAUUGCCCAAAAACGAAGGUGUAUACUGUAUGUAACACUUUUUUCCUUGCAUAAUGAGCUAGUUUGGAACACUAGCGAUCAGACGCUGCAGUUUGUCACCGCGGGCAUAUCACAUGCAAAUAUGUCUGGGUCUGGAAAAGUGUGAUGCUGUUUGUGCAUGACACAUAAGGUCGAGCAUGCAAGUCCUAGCAACACAGGUUUUGAGCAGGUUAGGCGAUGCCUAAUCCGCAUGACAAGUGCCCUCUUUUGGUGGCAAGAAAUGAGCAACUUUUGCGGUCCAUGCACGACAGAUUUUUUUCUGGUCUCAAAUACGCAUCAGAAGUUUACAUGUUUCCAGACCCAGACAUAUUUGCAAUCCAUAGGGCAUGAUUUUCAAUGAAGAAAAGAGUAGUGCUGAUAAAAGCGGUAACACAAACAGUACAAUAACCAGUAAUUCUGGUGCGACGUCGGUAUUAAAAGGAAUUCCUGCCACUCCUCCCGUCCUGCUUUACUCUGAGCGCCCGCAAGCACUACCAAGCGCAGCUCCCGUCCUGGAAUUUCACGACGCCUAUCGGUUUAACUGGACGAAAACCGUGGCUAGCUUCACCCCGGGCGGUAUCAAAAGGAAAAAUGCCGCCUCCCCAUAUCGAAAACGAGAUUUCUGAUGCUGCAUUUGAGUACACAAAUCGACUUGUAUUGCUAGAAGCCCAAGAGACGCAGUUGUGGCCUGACUUGCAGGCAGUUUGUCAUGCUGCUUCCCAAUUCCAGUUGCCUCCUGUCAUGCUGAAGAUGCAAGGCUUUCCCACCACGCCAGCCAGCACUACAGUGUCUACAUCUUUUGCCUUCUAGCAUGACAAAGCUGAUUUGUGGCCACAAACCUGCAUCACAGAUUUCCGUUUUGAUAUGGGGAGGCUUGAUUUUUCCUUUUGAUAGGCGGUCCGGGAAUGGUGUACCGGAAAAACGCAGCGGCCGUGCACUUGGACCUAGUAUGCAUUGCAGAAGUAUCGUACUAGUAGUAAUUUUUGCAUUACAAAUUACCUCAGCAUUACAAAUUGAAUUUGUAAUGCUGAUUUCCCUUGAGAAAAAGAUUUGUAAUGCAUAAAUGCAAUUUUUCUACGAGUACGAUACUUUUGCACAGGAUACCUAGAAACCAGCUGCAAGAGCCUCUUUGUGAACCUGCAUUACGUUCGGAGAAGCAGUGGCGCUGCUGCAUUUAGUGCAACAACUCUCCAAGGCGGCACGAUGACGUCGACACCACCACCAAGCAGCAACAGCAUGACAAAUCAUUCCACGACUCCUGCUUCCGGAAUGAUUGCCGGAAGCGGCCCUAGCAGUUCAUAUUCACAGGAGCUGCAUUGGCUACAACAACUGAAACCUGGGGACGGGUUUCGCAUGACUAUAGAAACGACCACGACGAGAAGAGCUUCAGUUGAUGAUGUUGCACCUCUAGUACCAGCGCCUUUGAAUCAAACUACGGCCACACCAGCUGCACAGGGUUCAUCUACAAUUUCGCCAGAACAGCAACAGAGGUCUGAAGAAGAUAUCGGGAUGUUUUCGCCUCUUCUCUUAAAAAAUGACCCGCGGGCCACCCUCAAGAAGGUGAAUCCGCGAGGUGGAGCAGGGGACGAACAGAACAAUGACCAAAGGCGGCGAAAGAAUCGUGGCUAUUUCUUGAGUAAAACCUGCAAAAUCCAGCUGACUUGCGGAGGGGGGCACAGUGGCGGUGUAGUUUCUAGCGGGAACAAUGCCACAGCGAUAUCCUAAGUAAAAACGUCCCAACACCAGAGUCAAGAUGAGAAAUCCGCUAGACAAAUCAGCCACCUCUGGUUGUUUCGCAUGACAAGUUUAUCCUCGUAGUGUAAUCCUGUUUAGCUAGUUACGAAGCAUCAACACAGAUGUAGCACAUGAGGCGGAUUCUAGCAUCACAACUUCCGAAACAGGAUUAGAAAAUGGCUCACAUGGGGCUCCGCAUGAGAAACUUUUUUGGCAUGCAGAUUUGCAGGACAACUCUGGGGUGGGGACAUUUUUACUCAGGAUAAGCGAACUCGUGUCCAUUCAAGCUCCAGUGGGUGAACUACCACGGGCACUUAUCGUACGCAAAAAGUGUUCUUUCACUGCAGCGAUUUUGCAUCACAAGUCCGGUCUAGAUGACACAGGAAAUUUGCGACGCGAGGUUCCUAUAGGGAACACACGGCUAAAGAUGCACUUUCCUGCAUGUCGUGUAGCAAGACAGGCAGUUCUAAGAUGCCUUCUCAUCUGCAUAUAAAGGUUUACAGUGAAAGAACAGUUUUUUCUUGCGAUAACACUACACGAGUUCCGAAAUGUAUGCCCGCCGAAUAAGACCGAUGGAGCCAGCUGCUGCUCCAAGAACUACUACAACCGUAGGUACAGCUAGAAGUAAUGCUAAUGCCGGUACAAGAACGUCGACGAGCAGUCAAAGUCAAACUCAAAUAACGCAAGAAUCCUUCACCUACACGGAUCUGCUCUCCAUGCCCUGGUUCAAUUUCAACGACCAAGCAUACUUUAUGGCAUUCUCAACUGUUACAUUCUAAACUGUUACACGGAUUUGUCAUGCAGAGUUGCCAUCAGCCUCCACUCGAUCAAAGUGUUUAGCAUGACAAAUUUUCGCAGGGCUAUGCGGCAUGAUAAUCUGUGGCAAAUCUGUAAUGCGAAAGCUGCAAUAUUCCCACUUUUACUGUUGCUGUUCUUGCAUUGCAUACAGAUCCAUGUAACGAUUGAGAAUGUAACGUUUGAGAACGCCAUAUACUUGCCGAACUUCUUGUCCAAGGACACUGCUGCUACGACGACAUCUCUACUUGCGUCAACAAAUGCGAGUCUGACGAGUAAUACAACCAGUACGAGGACAACAUCCUCGUCAGAAGUUAGUAUCGAGAUCAAAGACGGAGUACGAAAAAUUGCAAAAGUACCGUACUAGGUUGUAGUAGAACAAAUCGCAUGACAAAUUUCCCUGCGCAUGAGAAGUUAUGGAAUUCGUAAUGCGGACUGACCUUAACAAAAAGAUUUGUGAUGCCUGGCUUCAAUUAGUACGAGUGCAAGAUUAUACUUUUGCAAUGCAUACGGAGACAUCAUUCAGGCGGUGUGUGUUUGGGACACGCGUAUCGUGAGGAAAAACGGCCUCCCCCAGCACACCAGAUUUGUGAUGCGUACGUGCAUGUUGUUGUUGCCCAAGCAAGAGCAUCAUGAUCUCUCAUGCGGGGGCCGCUGCGCACGACAAACCACUAAGUCGUGCUUGUAAAUCAAAACGUGUCAACAUGCGAUAUUAUCAGGAUUAGAGAGGGGAAGCGGAUUUGUGUUGACGCCUUCUGGACUAGAUAGCAAGCACGAAAGAACUGUGUCACGGCUUGUCAUGCGGUUGUACUCCCCAAACAAGUUCUGAACUUGUCUCGACCCUGGGGUAGCGGGGACCAGGUCCUUCCUCAGGAUACCGUGACUAGGUUAUAAUUUCGCCCAGAGCGCCGCGAAUGCAACAGCAACUCUCGAGCAAACCCAGCAGAAUCUGCUCCCAUUUGGAUUUCAGGAAGGAGCGGAAAUGUGUAUCCACUUAUGGCUCUACACACCAAGGUCGACGGCAGUAACGUGUGAACCAAUAGAGAAUGUGCACGCGACGAGCAGCACCGUAGGAACAGCUUUGUCACCACUUACACUUCCUCCUACGUCGUAUGGAAGCCUCAGAAUGGAAAUCCUCAAAGUGGAAAUGAUUUGCGAUGCAUGAAAUGCGAGAACGCAAUGGAGGCCGACUAUUGUGCUUCUACGGGCCCAGAAUUGGGUUGGUGCUUAGACGGGCACCCCUUUGCCUAACUAGCAUUACAGACGCGUUUUGAGUGCUCGGGAAAUUUGUCAUGCCCCGACUAGAAAUGGUGCUUCGACUGGAGGCGUCUUUUUGCAUCACAAACUAUUUCCACUUUGAGGAUUUCCAUUCUGAGGUUGUCAUACGUCGCUGAAAAACCAGGACCUCUACCUUUUCGGGGAGCUGCCGGCGCGGCGGUGGCCCCGCGAUAUGGCCUGA